GAAAACUCCCUUCUUUCUCUUUUACUUUUUUUUCCCCCUUAAUUUGUAAUUUUGAUAUUUAAUUAUUUUAUUGUUUUUCCUUUCUACUUUAUAAAUGUUGGCCCAAUCUCUUCUUCAUCUUCUUCCAAGAACUCAAAUAGUUUAUGGUGCAGGAGACAGCUAGUGUUUCGGAAGCGAGGAGCGAGAGAGUGUGACAUGGCCGUUGAUCUAAUCGGCUACGCGAAGAUGGACGAUCAGAUCACGAUUCAGGAGGCCGCGGCGGCCGGGAUCCGGAGCAUGGAAAACCUAAUCUUCCAGCUCAAUCGUCACCAUCAGAAAUCCACCUCAUCGUCUGCAACGGCAGCCACCAUCGAUUGCCGGGAAAUCGCCGAUCAUACCGUCUCAAAGUUCAAGAAGAUGAUCUCCAUCCUAAAUCGCACCGGACACGCUCGAUUCCGCCGCGGCCCUUCCAGUCCAAUUCUUCCGGCCGCUGUAAAACCUACACCGCAGGUAGCGGUUCUGCCUUCUGCGCCGGCUAUGGCGGUACCCGUUGUCCCCUUACAGAGCCUGACGCUGGAUUUCACCAAGCCGAGCUCCGUUGGCGGUGGAUCCACUGAUCUUGCCAUCGUCGCCGCAUCAUCAGGGAAGUACAUUAAAGAGACCUUCAGCAUCUCGACGCCGAUUUCUUCGGCGAACUCUUCCUUUAUGUCAUCGAUCACAGGCGAUGGAAGUGUCUCUAAUGGCCGCCCGGGCGGGACAACCUCUCUUCUCCUUCCGCCAGCGCCGGCCAUCUCUGCUGGCGGUGUCGUUGCCGGCAAACCGCCGCUCGCUGCCUACAAGAAGCGCUGCCAUAGCCACGCUCACUCGGAAGACUUUGCCGGAAAGUUCGCUGCUAACGGCGGUCGCUGCCACUGUUCCAAGCGCCGAAAGAAUCGCGUGAAGAGGACGAUCCGCGUUCCGGCGAUUAGCUCAAAGAUGGCGGAUAUCCCACCCGACGAGUACUCAUGGCGAAAGUAUGGUCAGAAACCGAUCAAGGGCUCUCCAUAUCCAAGAGGAUACUACAAGUGCAGCAGCCUGCGCGGUUGCCCGGCGAGGAAGCACGUGGAGCGCGCGCCGGACGAUCCCUCGAUGCUAAUCGUCACCUACGAGGGCGAGCACCGCCACUCUCAGCCGUCCGAUGCCCUCGUCUUCGACACGCACCGCGAGAUCUGAGCCGCCCGUUUUUCUUUUCCUUUUCCACCUCUUCUUCCGAGUGUAGCCUGCACUUCUUUUCUCUUUCAUACUUUUUUUUUCUUUCGUUUAUUUGCUAUUUAGGCCUCCACUAUUUACGACUAUCAUUUUCCCUCUCUCUUGAGGGUCGAUCCUGUAAAAAAGAAAAAGAUUGGAAAAAGGAAGGAGAAAUUGAAUUGAGCUCAUUUGACCAACUGUA